UGGUCCCGGCGGUGUCUGAGCCGGUACCGGGGCCAGGCAGGUCCUGGUGGUGGGCAGGUCCCGGUACCGAUGGUGUCCGAGCCGGUCCAGGGGUGGGCAGGUCCCGGUGGUCCCCGUGGUCCGGGCGGUGUCUGAGCCGCUCCCGGCCGUCCCUGCCCGUCUCCCUCCCGUCCCUCACCGCCCCUCUCCCCUGCCCUCCCGCAGCCCCGCCAUGCCUCCGCCGUGCCCGGCGCUGCCCCGUGCUGCCCCCGCGAUGCCUCCCGCUGCCCGCGCGUCCCGGCCCGGCGCCGCCGCCGCGUCCCGGUGAGGUUUUCCCCCCCGGUGAGGCGAUGCUGCGGCGGCUGCUGGAGCGGCCGUGCUCGCUGGCGCUGCUGGUCGGCUGCCAGUUCGCCUUCGUCGCCUACUUCUCGCUCGGCGGGUUUCGCAACCUCACGGCGCUUUUCGGCCGCGGGGCCGGGCCCAGCUUCGACUAUUCCCGCACCCGCGACGUCUACGAGAACCUGAGCCGGCUCCUGCCCCCCCGGCCCCCGCCGCCAGACCCCGCCAGACCCCUCCCGUACUGCCCCGAGAGAUCGCCCUUCCUCGUGGGUCCCCUGACGGUGACCUUCGCCCGGGUGCCGUCGCUGGAGCUCAUCCGGGCCAAGAACCCGGGGGUGGGCCCGGGGGGGCGGUACCGGCCCCCCCUGUGCGAGGCCCGGUCCCGCACGGCCGUCAUCGUCCCCCACCGCAACCGGGAGAGCCACCUGGGCCACCUCCUCUACUACCUGCACCCCUUCCUGCAGCGCCAGCAGCUCCACUACGGCAUCUACGUCGUGCACCAGGCCGGGAAUUCCACGUUCAACCGAGCAAAGCUGCUGAAUGUGGGGGUGAAGGAGGCCCUGAAGGACGAGGACUGGGAUUGUCUCUUCCUGCACGACGUGGAUUUGAUCCCGGAAAACGACCACAACCUCUACACCUGCGACCCCUGGAACCCCAAACACGUCUCUGUGGCCAUGAACAAAUUCGGCUACAGCUUGCCGUACCCCCAGUAUUUCGGGGGGGUCUCAGCCCUGACCCCCGACCAGUACAUGAAGAUCAACGGGUUCCCCAACGAGUACUGGGGCUGGGGGGGCGAGGACGACGACAUUGCCACCAGGGGUGUGUCCCUGUCCCUCCCAAGGGGGUGUGUCCCCAUGCCCUGUCCCCCCUAG